AUGAUCUCAACGAGAAAGCUUACUGGCGGGUCACAGUUCAAGAAAUUAUACGUGGAUCUCAGCGACUGCAAAGUAAAUACCAACGAGCAAGGCCAGGAAGUUAAUAUAGGGUUAGUUCCUCAAAGUUCCGAGUUUAGAAGACGCAGGGAAAGCACUUCGAGUGAAGACAGCAGGGUGUUCGACUUUGAGCAUCACGCAUAUUCCAAAUCUUUACAAUUGAAAUAUAAGGUCAUGGACAACAUAAACCCCUGUGAUCCUGGUGGUAGAAAUAGAAGCAACUGGUUAAAGUAUUUUGUGCUGAUAAGUAUCACGAGCAUUAUGUACAUUUACAUACAAACGCUGCACAGUUCAGAUUCUAUUAAAAGAUUGGGCAGAGAUUUGGAUAAAGUGAAGCUCAAUAUAGAGGAUUCGAAAACCAAACUGAACAGGAUAGAGAAGGUUCUGAAUAACAUCAAACAGCAACAAGAUAAACAGCACAAUGGUUUAAAAAGUGCUAUAUCUCAGGAAAUAGAAAAAUUCAGUUCCGACAAAACUGGCAAAACAGAUUUCGCGUUGGAAGCUACAGGUGGAAAAAUAAUUCAGCUGUCACCUGGAACUGAAAAUUUCGAACAGGCCGUGACCUUUUUCGGCAUGAUGUUGUGCGAUGGCAAACACGGACCUAGAGCGAUGAUCCAGGCCGACAUGUCUCCCGGUAACUGUUGGGCCAUCAAGGGAACCAGUGGCGGAGCCAUAAUUAAACUAAUAGGACGCGUCAAAAUUGAUUCGGUCUCUUUGGAGCAUAUAUCGAAGAAUUUGUCCCCAACCGGGGAAGUCUCGUCAGCUCCAAACAACUUUUCCGUAUGGGGCUUGGUUAAUCUCUCGGAUAGAGGUCAGAUCCUGGGGACGUUUUCCUAUAACAUAAACGGGGCCUUAGUGCAAACUUUUCCAAUAUCUAACCAUAAUAGUUUCGAAUAUGUCGAGUUCCGGGUUCUGACAAAUCAAGGACAUCCAGACUUCACCUGCAUUUAUCGAUUCAGAGUACACGGACAAUUAACAAAAGAAGACCGUUGAAAUGAGAAUAUGCCACUUCUAAUAGUAGAC